GGACGAAUAAUUUACAAACAUAACAGUGUAAAUUCACGAAAAUUUAGCGAUAAUUAUGAGGCGUUCUGCAGCGCCUUCGGCGAGAGCUGCAAAGAAAAUGAAGUUUUGUUCGCCGUUUAAAGCUCAAGACCAGGAGCCUUCCGUAGAAAUCUCCACAACGCGUUCGGUUUUGCAGCAAUCAUACAAAAACCAGGUGAGCCAAGCAGCAAUAUGCCAAAAUCAAACCAUUUACAUAUAAUUAAAUUUUCUUCAUUUUAUGAUGACUGUUUCAGUUGACUCAAAAGUACUUGAAGAUGAAUUUUUUCCUCUUGGUUGUAUCCUAGUUGACUAUACCAGAGAUCAGAGCUGAGGUCUCUAAAUCUGACCUAAAGACUGCAAGCACGAAUACCCUCUUACCUGAAGAUUUUACAGUUCAAAAUAGGAAAGAAGUGAAAUCUGACGAUGAAAUAAAAGAUACCACCUCCACAGGUCUUUCAUAUCCUUCACUUAGCAGUAAAGUAGCACCUUUCAAACCUCAGAGGUCUUCCAAACCAGGCUCUCCUUUAGGUAAGUUUUAGAAUUUAUUGAUUGUCAUCAUCAACUAUAACAGGGAAGGUUUCGCCUUUAAAGUCUUUCUUUUCUUUUUAUUUUUAGUGCCAUUUGAGGAAAAAGAGAAUAUUUGUCGAUACUUCAGCGUUGUUUGGUUAGUUACAGAUACGAUUUAUCAACAUUUGCGUUGGUUGAUUUUGUGGUACAACAUGCAUUUUUUGCACAUAAGUUUGUUAUUAAGAAGCACUCCUUUAUUCAAAUUUGUCUUAUCAUUUUAGGGGAAAGAUGUCCAAAAAGAAGGUACUUUGGCAAUUUCUGACAACUUCGAUUUUUGGUGAUGUUUUUUUAACUAUUUGCUAUUCUGUUUUCUCUAAUUCUUCAUUUUGUAUACUUUGAUUAUUUUUAGCACAAAAAGUGGGAAGGAGAUGGUAAGAAAAAAGAGCGUUUUCAAUAUUUUUUUUAUUUCCAGGUUGCCUCUCUGGCAAACUGAAGAAGAAUAAAAAAUUCAAAGGAAGAAGUAAUUUUAGAGUUGUGGAAUUUACUUAUGAUCGCAAUAUUCUAAUAUUGCAACUAUCAAACCCACAUUAGACAAUCAAACACAAUCACAAUUUACAAUGUUCCUAUGGUCAGACUCUUCUUAAAAAUAUUUUGGAAGAAUAACUGAUUGUACAAGUUGUAGGAAUGAUUUGGAUAACUAUUAUUUUUUUGGACUCCUAGGUAUACUGGUUACAAGAGGACGGACUGCCUCCUUAAAAGACCUGGAAGGAAAAGAGUAGGUAGAUGGAGGGAAAUGUUAGAACACUUGGAAUUUCUUAUGCUGAGAGGGAACACUGAACCUUCUGCUACAGAGAUUUUAAGGUGUCAGUCACAAAAGAGUCUCACCCAAGCCCUCCACUGAUCAAAAAAACAAACUUUUUUGUCUUUAGAAUUGCAAAGAGUGCUGGUUACAAGUCAUCAGAGUUGGAGUUGCUGCAAGAAGGAAACACACUGUGUAUUGGUGGAAAAGAAAUAGAGGUAAUAUUGGUUAAGUGUUGGAGCUUAAUGGCCUGCAUCUGCCAGUGCUUAUCCACCAUUUCUGUACUGCUAAGUGUUGUACUCCUGGUUAAAUUAAAAAACACUUUAUUAAUUAGGAUUAUAAAUCAAACUUUCUUUUUGAUUUGAUUUUUUCAAUUUGUGAGGUGUUCUUUCAAACAUAGAAAUAUUUCCAGUUGUUGCUUCUUUUUUCCCUAAGAAAGGCAACAAAUAGAAAUAUGAAUGUGUUCAUAAGCCAUCUAAUAUGUUGUCAGCUGUAGUUUUCCCUCUUAUUUCUUACUAAAGCUGAUUUCUGGUCAUCAUGGGGUCUUUUUGUACUAAUGUACUUUGCCUCUUUUGGCUGUGUGUCCUGCUGAAUAUAGUGAUCAGUCUGGGCUAUAUUUCAGGUGAUGGGUCUCAUAAAAGCAGAGGAUUACCUAAGUGGACAGUGCUUUCAACAAUCAAUAGUGUCGUCAUUCCCAACAAAACCAAUCUCUAGAAUGCCUCCAAAAAAGACAGGUAUGAAAUUUUUAACCAAGUCAGCUUAAUUCUCAGUGGGGUUGCUAAGCAACAACACUCAUUAUUUUGAAGUUUUGAUGGCACAUGUUUUGAAUAGCACAUGGUGUGAUGAUAAACGUUCUGAUCCCAAGAGGGACAAGCAUCUAUUUACUCAUUACAAUAUCACCCCUGAAUCAAACACUAAGGUCAGGAGAGUAAAGUGUAUGAUCACCAACUAAAGAAGCUCAUGAUUGUUUAACAAAUUCUCCUUGUCAGCAACUUAGGAAAUGUAUAGAGAACAGUAUGGAGAAUAUGCAUACUGAUGUUAGGGUGUAAAGGGCUAAGGUUUGUCUGUAAGCUUUACACAUCCUCCCUUUGUUGGCACUGAUCAGGUGUCAAUGAGGUUGUGGAGUUUUAUCUCUACAUUGAAGAAGCCAUGAAAAGUUUAGUUGGGCAACUGUCUCUUUAAGUGCCAUGUACCCACUUUGAUAUCAAUCUGGCAUAGAGAGGAAAUUGUGUGUCUGGUAACGAAAAGUAGAAAAAGUGCCGGGAAUCAGAAGACGUUGCAUUCAAGUUUGAAAAAAACUCUCAACGAGGAGAAACUCUCUUCGAAGAACCACGAAAGUUUGAAAUCAGUCCCUUCAUUUCCCAAAAUUGGUGGGCGACGGAUCGAAAAAAGUAAAUGGUCGUGCAAAGCCACAGGCAGAUUUUUCCCCCAAACAUCGUUUCCAAAAUAACUACUUUUUGCGAACGAUCUGAACUAGAAAGAACCGGAAGCGGAAGUUACGGCAGGGACCGUGGGGGGGGGGGGUAGAUCUCCUUUCCCCUCCACCUCUCCUCCUUUCUGACAACAGUGAUUUGUUAUAAUUCUUUGUUGAUGUUAGAAGAUUACAGUCAUUUUAGUUUUUGACUAAUCUUCGCUGCACAAACUCCAGCGUACUACUUUACUCUCGAGUCGUCAUCUGCCAACCGGAUUAUCUCGUACUACAGGGGAGAAUAAACUCGCCAGAACACUGUUGUUGAAGUAAAGAAAUGAUCCUCCCAGGUGAGCAGAAAAUAAAGAAACUGCAGAUGAGAAGUACGGAAAAUUUUUACUUAAAUUCUGCGCUUUCCAGAUACCAGCUAACUCCACUAACAAUUGAGCUACGAAGCCACAUGGUGUCUUCGAGAUCGAGAAAUUUUUAUUAUCGCUAUUUUGUUUUCACAACGUAGGGGAAAAGUACCAUGUAAAAGUUCUUUUCAAAAGCUUUCUUUUGACUAGUCAGAGAGGACAAUUUUUUACAAAAAGUAGGACUCGUCAGGAAAUGUUUGCAUACUUCAAAAGAAUUAGUCACCCACAAAACUAAUUCUAGAAAGCUUAAUUGACUCGAGAUGAGCCGUUUAGCUUGUGGGAAAUUUAAUAUCGCGUUGCCAAGCUACACCAUUCACCCCUAAUUUACUUAUCAACUGCUGUCUGAAAAAAAUACUCCUGGAAAGAUAUGCAAGGUCCUCUGAGGUCAUUUGCGUUAUAAAUCAACUGAUAAAAAGUUCGAAUUGUAACGAUCAAUUUCUCACAAAUUCGGUUACCUUAAACAUUAUUUCUCCCCCAUAAGAAUGGCUUUAUUUUGUAAAGAAACAAAAAUGACCUUGAAAUUGUUAUUCAGUAAAGUCGCAUUUUCUUCAAAGUCUCGCCCAGACUUGUCGACUGAAGAAUUUCCUCCAAAUCCUUUUGAUUUUUCUCGUCAACUUGUUUUCUUUUCGCUAUCCAGUCAUCUUUGGCUGCGAAACCUCGGUCGAUCAUCAAUAGCUGCAGCCAGUCAUAAUCUGACAGAGCCUUCAGUUGAACGCCUUUCUCCACCAACUUUCUCAAACCAAUGGCAUUAUCCUCCGCGACUUUCUGCACGCGGACGUGAAUAUUAUGCAGAUGGGCGAAGCGAAUCGACGCACUAACACUAUCGUUUUGCGCGAGCCACCCGCAGAUCUUCUCCGAGCACUCUCCGCACGGCGAAAAAUUGCUAAGAAGCUGUAGAUCGUGUAGGAAGCCCGUGAACGGGUGCUCUUCAAGUUCCACAAUCGACUGCUUGAACGCGUGGGUCGAUCCGCUCCUGUAAACCUUUCGUGAAAGGAUUUUUCCGUCUCUUCCUCUCGCUACAGCAAGCACGACAACUUCUGACGGCCAAAAACCGCCUGGCACGCCAGACUUUAGAACGGCUGUCAAGUCGAAGUCUUCUGGAGUAGGACUGUGUGGUGUUAUUGCAGAAUUAGCCAUGCUGACAAAAGUGAAAGUUGUAUGUAAAGUUCAAAUUGGUUUGUAAUUCCGGCUGGUUAUGUUCACGAGAUUGGUAAUUUUAUACGACGCUGCCUAUCACUUAAUAUGACAUUAGGCCUCUUGGGUCAGUAAACACUCGUUAUUUCGAGCAUCUCUAGUUUUUAUUUAUGAAGAUGAUUUACUGUAAUGUAAUACCCAUGGAUGCUCUGACAUCGAUCUGGGCAGCUUAUUAUUAUACCCUUGUUGUCUCUAGUAAUUCAAGUUACAAUGGAUAAGGUAGGGUUUUCAAAACAUUUCACUAGAGAUAAAUCGGUGAACACUCACGACGUGAAAGAAAUCUUUUAUCAUCGACAAAUCAGUCAAGCUCUCCUAACAUAAAAAAAAACCAAAACAUUUCUACAAUAAGCGAGAUGUUUUUAUGAAACCUCAAAAAUUUCAACUAUGGAAAAGACCGUAACUCGUUGUCAACAUUAGAAGACACAUUUCUGCUAAUUUUGAAUUAUUAUUCAGUAGGCUUAUUAACUCUGAAGUGAAACUUCAAGGUCAUAUUUGUGCAUACUAACUUUUGUUUACUUUAGCUGCGUUCUUUACUUUCGAAGCGCCUCGUUCUUUUUUGCUUAGUGCGCUCUGUCUCCCGUUUACAUCCGCAUUCUAUUUUUUUUUCCCGAAGGCCCGACCAAACGCAUGAAAUACUUCAACGUAACAUCUUGCAACAUUAUUGAUUCAUGUUGUGCAAUGAAGUGAAGGAAGGCGUGCUGAUAUUGAAGAUCUGCCCACAGGCUAGGCCGAGGCUUAACCCUUUACACCCUAACAUCAGCAUACACAAUCUCCAUACUGUUCUCUAUACAUUUCCUAAGGUGCUGAUAAGGAGAAUUUGUUUAACAAUCAAGAGCUUCUUUAGUUGGUGAUCAUUUCCUUUAUUCUCAUGAUCUUAAAUAAAUGAUUCAGCAGUAUUAUUGUCAGGAGAAACUAGAUGCUGGUCACUCUUAGGGUUUAAAGGCUUAACAAACAAAUCACUAUUUGACCAGACAUGUAGUUGUGCUUUAAACAAUCCGAUUGGCUACAAAAGUCGUGCAAUGCAACAUAGACUCAACAAUCAGGAGAGCAUGUUAUAAUUCAUCCAAGCAGGAGGAAAACCAAAAUUCAUUUAAUUACCUAAUGAAUUGACCUAUGAGCGUUUUUCCCACGCCGGACCCUAACCGAUUGCAUAUUUUCCCGACCCGCCCUCCUCUCCCUCACAACCUGGCCCAUCCGCACAAGCAGUAUAUUUUCACGCAGUUACCCGCGGCGAGAUUCCCCCACUUCAAUUCCCGUCCCUGGAGUCAGUUACAUCCUUUUUCGUCUAGAUGGUUUUGUGUUUCUGUUGUUUUGGUUGCCCACUCGCAGGUGGAAAACAACACUAUCAGCCAUUCCGGCAGAAUGUUUCGCCAAAUUAUUGCUACACUGGUUUUUAUUUUUGUUUUUUUUUUCAAGGUUUCGUCAAACCCUAUUCUUCCAACGUGAAAAAGAUGUGACAACAGAUACUCGACAAAUGGUGGCGCCUCGACAUGACGUCAACGCACCUGGAGCCGUGGUAAUGCCACGACCCAGUGCCACUCAUCAGGUAACUAUUGAACAUCAGGAUUAAUUUUGUAUUGUGGUUGUUCGUCAACAGGAGAGUUUGACAUCUCGAAAACUGGAGCGGAAGUCAUGAACAGGUUCAAGUGUAGAGGAAGUGGUUCGUUGAAACUGUUUGUUCAGCCUUUCUGUGGUAUUAUUGGCUGUAGAACUCGAGUGGCGUUCGUCAAUUGUUAUUGGUCAGUCUCGAUGAAGUUGUGAUGAGAAGUUGUACUAUGUAGUGUGUCGGUUUUGUUAACGUGAAUAUGUUUUUUCACAGUUGGAGCACAAUCGAGAGGGGCUGGAUAUCAUAGACGUGGUAGUGGACCCACAUUUGUCCGGUCAUUUGAGGCCUCAUCAGAGAGACGGUGUAGUAUUCCUCUAUGAGUGUAUCAUGGGCUUGAGAAAUUUCAACGGAAAUGGAGCCAUCCUUGCGUGAGUAGUAAAAGAGUAAAGGGGUUUUCCAAACCUCGAACACCUUCAAACGGAUUAAAGUAAGCCAGCCGGGACAAACUGAAAUAAAAUAAUCCAAGAAUCUUAGUUAUCAACAUUCUAGUGAACACUUUCGGUAUUAAUUUUUGUAAGCCACUGGAAUAGCGCGCGAGAAACUUGGAUGAUUAGCCACUCCGCGUCAACUUUUGGGAGAAAAUUUGGCGCACUUUUCCGCUUCUUUUGUUCUAGUACAGGCUUACCAAUAUCUCUUUCUGUCUUUGUCUUUUGUGUUUAGAGACGAUAUGGGACUUGGAAAAACCUUUCAAUGUAUUUCUUUGAUAUGGUGAGACAAUUUACCUUAUUACUUAUGCAAAGAAAUGCAACCGUAAUGCUCUUUUCAACGUGAAUUGCCAUAAACGAUCUUGCAGUGUGUCAUGAAAUACGAGCCUGCUGUCAAAUUUACAGCGUUCAGACCAAAGGGAAACAGAUUAACAACUAUUAUUUUCACCUCGCGUGAAAUUAAGCGAGAAACGCGCGUUGAACUCGCAUGUACCUAGACGCUCACGCGUUAAACUUCGCGAUAGAGGCACCCUUUAAAGCAUGCACCCAGUUUCGACCGAAAUUCAAGCGUUAUGUCCCUUUUAAUCCUGACGGUUUCCAAAAGUUAAUAAGGUCGGGUAUUCUUGUAACAGGACUCUUCAUAAACAAGGCAUGUACGGUGGACAAGCAAGUAUCAGGAGAACACUGAUUAUAACUCCAGGAAGUCUGGUCAAGGUAUUCUGAUAUCCUUUUUGUUGCGUUAUAUGAAAUAUAUAAACAACAGUCUUAUCUGUUCUGAGAAGCGAAAAAAUUUUCCGACAGAGAAGUUUGGGGAAAACUGUGAGCUUUGAAGCACAUAACUUGCCUAAGGACAAUUUCACGAGUGUCUCUUCAAGUCAAAUUCUCAAGGCAAAUAUUUUACGCAAAGCGCAUAACGAGUCUACUAAGUCAUCUGUUUCAAUAUUUUUCUUUACAUUUGUUUUGUUCUUACUCUGUUCAGAACUGGAGUUCGGAGUUUCGCAAGUGGCUUGGUAACGAGAGGUUGAAGGUUUAUACCGUGAACUCGGACAAGAGAGUGAAGGUAAAAAACGAACACACGCUGGGGGAAGGAAAGGGUACAGAUGUGCCCAUUUACUGUUUUUGAGUUGAUACUGAGUAGAAAGAAAGUUCUGUUAUAGAACGGAAUCCUGCAAAUAGAGUAAGAUGCUCUACCACUGAGCCACAGAGAGUGGUGAGCAUAGCCAGACUGUAGUUCACAUGUGACAUGCGUGAGAUCGGUCGUUAAGAAAGGAAAUGAGCCAUUCAUGAAAGAAAGGCAGAAAGAAAGAAAAGAAGAGGAUCUGAAAACUGAGACGCAACUUUGAGUCCCUCACGAGGAUUCCAGUCUCCCACGCGGACGUUGUCAAUUUGCGUUGCGACACGAAACCUCACAAGGGAUGUGGGGGAGAACACGAGGAUAAUAACCCUACUGGGGAUUUGAACCCCACGGGGGAGUUGAACCUCCCAAGGGAAAUGAACUCCACAGAGGAUUUGUAGCCCACGAAGUAUCUGAAUCUCUUGGAGGGCUUGAUUCUCACAGAAUUCUCCAUAUUAGUGCAUCGAUCUGACCGGCCAGUGCCCUAUUGAUUUGCCUAGGAUAAAACAAAACUAGAUAUUUUUAACUUUUCUGUUGAAGGAAUUCAUCAACAGUCCUAUUUAUCCGGUGAUGAUCAUCAGCUAUGAGAUGUUUCUACGCUCAGUAGAAGAAGUAAGAAACAUCAAGUUUGGAUUAGUGAUCUGUGAUGAAGCACAUCGGCUCAAAAACACUUCCAUUAAAACUGCCACGGUAGGUUACGUUCCUUUGCUCUAUUUUGGCCCAAACCUAUUCAGGUAAUCACGCCCUUUUCCUCCUCAAGAGCCUUAAGGAAACGUCAAACGCUCUUCUACUAAUAAGUUAGAAUAUACAGAAACCUAUUCAACGCGGAUGAAAUUUAAAACUGAACUAAAAACGCUUGAAUCGAAAUACAUGUCGCUCUCUUUUCUCCUUGAGUCGUUUAUAAAUUUUAUUUGCUGUGAUUGUCUUCAAACGUGGUGAUGUCUAUCGUUUUAUUUUUUUAUUUUUGUCAAAUGAGAUUUAUGCGUUGAGACCUAUGUUUUUUUAUCAUUCAUCUGCAGAUGAUUUCCGGACUAAAAACAAAACGAAGGAUUCUUCUCACAGGAACUCCAGUACAGGUUACUUUAGCCACUUAUUUUCUCUUACAUAUAUUUCGCUGGUAACUUCAAGUUUCUCCCUGACAUACUAUAAUGUCAUAGGAAGUUAAGACGGUAACCAUUUUCUAUUCUAAAAGGCAAAAUUUGUGAAGACUAUGGUCAGGUCAUAGCUCAUAGAAUUUGCUCUUCUUUUAAUUAAAAACUUUGUCCCUUUCUUUUACUCACAGAAUGAUCUCAAAGAGUUUCAUUCGCUCGUCGAUGUCUGUAAUCCAGGGAUUCUAGGUAAGUGCCAGUAGAUUCGAAUUAUAGGACUGCUGGAUUAAAUCAAUGAGUUGUGAACAUUUUCAUUACAAUUUGUUAAUUUUAUUCAUGUAAGCUAUAUUUGGUAGUCACGUGAUGUUCUGGUGCAGUCGCGUCAAAGCGCAGGAAAUCUUCGUGUAACCAUUCGAGUCGGCCAAGAAAAAUGCUGUGUCGUGUUUAUUUAUCACUUUAAGUGAAUUACUUUGAUCAGAGACGCCUUUUUCUUUAGGCACACAGUCAUCGUUUCGCCGUCUGUAUGAGGAACCGAUCGUCCGCGGCCAGCAACCUGACGCAAGCAGUGAAGAGAAACUUUUAGGACAAACGAGGGCUGCUGAGGUGAUAAAUUCCGAUGAAAAGCUCAUUUCCUCUUACUGAAUCGAUAGUUAGUGCUGUAGCUCUUGGUCUCUCCAAGCUCUUGCUCACAUACUUGAGAGCAUUUCGAUCGCGUGUAGAAAAACCAAAACCAAGGUAGUUACAACAGCCAACUUGAAAUAAAGACAAAAUUAACUGACUGAGUCGCCAGAAAAUGCGAUUUACCAAAUGACGAUUGAUUUCAGUUUUGAAUCGUAUGUUGGAGAGGAUAAUGCGAGUUUUCUGGACCAAUAACACAGCGAAGUAAAGAAAAACAAAAGCCCCCCUGGAAUUCCCUCGACAUCAAAACUUGAAAUAGCUCAAAAUUGGAUCUCCUAGCUAAUUCUUAUUUAACAUCUUCCUUCCUCUUUUUAUUUCCUGUAUAAAGCUAAACAGGUUAACUAGCUUGUUUUUCUUGAGACGGACAGCCGAAGUGAACAGCCGUUACCUUCCUCCAAAAGGUACACGUGUUCUUUGCUUACCCUAAAUAUCUAGAUAUGUUAUAAGUCUGUACGUGAGUCAUAUGGCGUAUCAGGCUGGAGCUUAUCCCAGUCUCUGAAGCUUGACGUGACGAAGAGAAUUAAUACUCCUCCCUUGAUGGGAUGAUAAUCCAUUGCAGGUUACUUCCCCCCUCCUUCCGUCAGCAUUUCGUCAGGUUCUCUGACAAUUCACUAGUGCCCAUUUAUACUCCCGGGGUGGAGAGAGGACUGGUGAGAUUAUUCUGGCUUUGACACGAGCUUUUCCUCGCCUGCGGUAUGAGGCCCGGCGAAAGGUUUGUAAGGGGUCCAACACUAUUUUUGCCAGACCUCCGACAAACCUUUUCGCGACUCGUCUCAAAUCUCCCCGCGGUCGGCGAAACGCGCGUCCUGCAGUACUAAUAAUGAGGACCUGGUCUGGAACCCCAAUCUCUCGACUCGGAGUCCAGCGUUAGACUACUGAGUCUCCCACACGUUGUUUGGUAUCACUGAUAUCUUAUCUCUGUACUAAAUUGUUUAACUCAACUUUUUGCAGUGGAAUGCGUCGUGUUCUGCAGACCAAGUCUCUUACAGCUUUCCCUUUACCGCCACCUUCUGACGUCACGAGUUGUGAGAUCAUGUCUGACGUCACAUUCCUCAGGGGGGUCGCGACAUUUGGUUUGUAUUGGUGCCUUGAAGAAACUCUGCAAUGAUCCAAGCCUUAUUUAUUCAAAUUGCCAAGAAGCCAAAGAGAUGGAGGACGGCUUGGAUGUUGACGAGGUUAGUUAUUUCUGGUCAGCCGGUCAUUUGAAACAAACCCGGAUGGUUUGCUGUUGCGUAGAGCCGCUAGAUUUGUCAAAUUUCAUGGCAAUUUACUUUAAGAACUUUACCUCUAAGAGUAAUAGCCCUGAGUCAAGUUUCGUCUCUCUUUCGAUUUAACCUCAAAAAAAAUGACCGAGUUUCAUUUUCAAAAUGUUAUCUUGGUAAAAAAUGGUUCUCUUAGGUUGAUUUUGAUCUAAGGGAUUUUGAAUGUAAGGGAUUGUGGUGCCAGUUUACUUUUUCGGUAAGUGACGCACAAAAAAGAUGCUUUUCCCUGAGUUUUCGUUCACUCUUAAUGUUGUUAUGACGUUUUUUUUUUUCAGGAGAAUUUUUUCUCACAAAAACGAGAUGCUCACUAUGAGAAAAUUCGCCCCUACAUUUAUUUCUAUUUAAUAAUAUAUAAUAAUAAUAAUAAUAAUAAUAAUGGUUUAUUAGUACUCCACAUGGUGGCUCUUCUGUACUCAUUCACUAUAAUAAAAUAAUAUAAUGGUUGAAAUAAAUAUAUGGAUAAAUAAAUAACGUGCAACAAGAUGUAUAAUUAUAAUUAUUAUUUAUAUUAUUAUUUAUAUCAUUUAUAAUUUACGCAGUAAUAUGACUAUGAAAAGCCUAGAAAUCUCGCGGGUAUAACUUUUGCCUACCAUCCGUUUCCAUAGAUGAAUAUUCUCCUCAAGUUGUACAAUUCUGCUCGAAAACUUUGUGAAUUUGAGUUUCCACUACUUAGGACGCAUCACUUUAUGAGGGUCUCGAUCGCUCCUUUCCUGAGAAUUUCAACCCGGGUUGUUUUACAACAAACCACUCUGGAAAACUUCAAGCUCUUGGUCACAUACUGACCCAGAUACGCAGCACGAGGGAGAGAGUAGUGCUUGUCUCAAAUUACACUCAGGUACGAUUUAGUGUUCACGUGACAAUUCCUUUUAUACAUCAGACUGUUGGUAGAGAUUAAUAAGAAUAAAGAAAAUGUCAAUUAGUAGAUUAUUAGUUGAUCCUUUACCAAAUUCUCCGAAUUAAGAUAAGAAUUGUAUGGCAGACAGUGAGGAGAAUCUAAUAUUAUCUUUUCAUCACUCUCUCUUUCACCACAGACUCUUGAUUUACUUCAGAGGCUUUGUGAAGACAGAGGUUACGACUUUCUGCGAUUGGAUGGAAAGACACCAACCAGCAAACGGCAAUCGUUAGUAGAUCGAUUCAAUGCCAAGUACUGCAAAAUUUGUAAGUGCGUUUGUAUUUUUAUUUUUUCUGAUUAAAAUAAACGAAAAGUAGGGUUGGGUUAGUUUCGCGCACCACUUUUUUCACAGAUAUUUUUUACUCGCACGACAGACUUCCCCGAAAAGCAAAGACUGCUUGUAGUCUAUGACUAGAAUAUUUAGUAAAACAAUUGCUAAAUUGACCGUUAAUUUAUUUACAUUGCCCCCAAGAUUUACUUUUACAAAAAAGUUCUCAAAGUAAGAACUGAUCUAGUGAACUCAGCAUAAUCAUCUUUUUUUGUUGUUGUUUUACUCUCUGUUUUCCAGUUGUGUUUCUAUUGAGUUCUAAAGCUGGCGGAGUGGGCUUGAAUCUGAUUGGUGCAUCAAGGCUCAUUUUGUUUGAUAUUGACUGGAAUCCGGCCAAUGACAUUCAGGUAUGAACAUGUAAGGGUAGAUCAAGAGGUCCCUGGGUUAAUGUGAACAGCUAUUUUUCUCAACUUCAUUUCUUUUCUCUUUUCUUGCAUUAGAUAACUUGCUGUGAAGUAAGAUUGUUUUAUUCAUUAGAUAGUGAUCUCGUUGAACUCACUGAGUUUUGGUUUACCUUUUAUAGUCGAUGGCAAGGGUUUGGAGAGACGGACAGAAAAACACAGUUCACAUUUAUCGACUUUUGACAACGGUAAUUAGCUUAGUGGCCAAGUCUCUUCUUUGAAGACUCUUAUUAGUCAGUUUUUCUCUCGAUCUGGGAUAGCUCAAAGCAAAAAGAGACUGGGGCCAGACAAGAACGGGACAGAAUGCGUCGCGUCUCUCAAACCAGUCCCCUUCUCGUCCAUACCAUAACAGGCCAUUUCUGAGAUUCCCAAAGCCUCUGUUUUAAAAUGAGGUUACGUGUGGAGCCUUUGAUAUCAAAAUGAAUUUUUAUUAUGAUGUAUUUUCACAAGAAAAAUAUUGCAGUUGGCGUCGUUUUAAAGUGAGACCGUUUAGAAAUAGCUUAUGCGUUUGUUUUCUCUCUCCGUUUGUUGGGCUAAUACUGCUGUAGCUUUUAUCUACCUCGGAGAACUUUUCAUUCGAAGUUUAAAUCAAUUCAGUCGAAACUUAGCUUGUUGUUAAAGUGACAAGUAAUUUUGUCACAGCAUAUCUAAAUUUGGUUUGUUGAGUGCCACAGGGUACCAUUGAAGAGAAGAUUUACCAGAGACAAACCGCCAAGCAGGGUCUUAGCGGAACUGUAGCUGAUGCCAAAGAGUCUGUCAAAAUUGAAUUCUCGCGAGAGGAACUUAAGGUAAAUAUAAUGGAAGGUUUUGACACAAUUUAAAUGCAGAAUUUAUUGCAACAGGCUUCAUUAUUGUAACGAAAACUCCAUUACAACGCGCAGCCUUCACUCGGGUAAUAGAAAAGUGCGGGAACGAGGAUCCCAAUAUGACCUUCUCACGACCGAGGGAAAACAAUUCUUCUAAACUGCACUCGCCUUUGACUCGUGAAAUUACGAAAACUCCCAAAAAAAUAACUUUUGGUGAUAAAUCACGAAACGCCCUUGCCAUCAUGCGAUUUCCUAUUUUAUGGUAAGGUGUUCUAGGUACAACUUUCUUCCCCUCUAGAGAGUGUUCAGAGCGUGCUCCUAACCUUUACACCUUAACAUCAGUAUGCAUAUUCUCCAUACUGUUCUCUAGACAUCUCCUAUGGUACUGGCAAGGAUAGUUUGUUUAACAAUCAAGAGUUCUGGUAAGUUGCCGAUCAUUUCUUGAUUGUUAAACAAAAUCUCCUUUUCAGCACCUUAAAAAUGUGUAGAGAACAGUAAAGAGAAUAUGGAAUGCACACUGAUGUUAGGGUGUAAAAGGUUCACGGAAUAGGUUUAUUUUUCCGUAAAUAUUUCUUCUUAAUUACACAGGACUUGUUUACUCUCCACGAGAACACGUUAUGUUUAACACACGAUCUACUACAGUGCACAUGCCUGACAACCGAGGUAACACUAAAUUUUUCGAGAUUGAUUGAUAUGUAAUCUCUCGGGUUGAUGAUCACGAUUUGAGGAGGAAUCACUGCUCUGUCAUUGACUCUCUCCAUCUCUCUUGUGAUUUGUUGGCUUUUUCUAGGAUGGAAGUGACGAGGAAUGUCAAUCAGAAUCAACAGCCAAUCAACAGUCAAGUAUACCAGUCACGAGACCGUGCCAAUUAGGAAUUGACAUCAAUAAUAAUCAAGUAUGAUAUUCUCCUUAGUAGUAAAGGACAUACAAUCAUAUCGUGAACGCCACAUAAAUUCUUUCAAGAAAAGCCAGAAAGUAGCUUUUUGCAUGAUUGAAACGUUAUAUGACAAUCUAGUGUCGAUAACGUCUGUCACGAAUCACAUUUAGUACUCUUAAAUAUCUCUUUUUCAGAAAAAUCUCUCAAUAGCUGAGCUUAUGGAUUGGCAGCACUAUCCGUGUCCGAGUGAUCCUUGUUCAGACUUUGAGGUAGGACAGAGAUUUGCUUGUGCCGGUUUUUCUGUUAGAUUUCUUGCCUCAGUCCACUUAGAGGUAAAGAUUUUGAAUGUAUCUUUUACAUAGAGAAUCACAUCUAAGAAUGACCGCUCGUUUUUUACAAGGUCGCGUUCACUGCUCUCUUGCAAAAGCUGUUCAUGUUAGCGUUUCCAUUUAGGAGUGAAAAACUUUACCGCCGGGAACAUAAGCCCCUGUGUAAUUUAUGCGAGGUAAAUAAUAAACAAAGCUAUCUAAUUGCCGAGAAACGCUUGAAUAAUCUACCGUUCUCCGUGGUGAGCUAAGCGCGGACGGACUUUCGCAAGUGUUUCAUGGAAAAUGCUGCCGCAUUCUCUGAGUUCAUCAUGUGUUUCACGUGGAAUUAUGUGAUAUGCUGAAUAUUGCUGGGCGAUGUAUGGCUUGUUUUCGCUGCACUGUUGCAGCAUUUAUCAUUAAGAAUUCUAACGUGUCUUGUUCUCUUGAAGGACGACGCGGUAAAGAAAGCUGGUGAUGCUGUGUCAUUUGUUUUUCGAACCAAGACAUUUGGACAAGAAACAGUACAGCAAGAAUCCAGACAAUAGGCUUUUAUUUGUGCUCAGUUCAAGUGUUUCAAAUUCAUUAAAGGUUUUGUCGUAUGCGAUCAGAUUACGAAUCAUAUUUUGUCUCCCAUCAUAACACUUUCCUUUUAAGACUUGCCAGCGGGUUUUGGCAAAGUACAGUUCUUUUCUUCUUGAUAGAGUAGUUGUUCAGUGGUUAAUGCACUGACUCGGUUCGAAAGGACUGGGUUCAAGUUCUGGCUGUGAUAUUGUUUUGUGUGUUCUCAGGAAAAACCAUCAACUCCGUCACGAGUUUUUCCUCUUUAUACUCUGGAGUAUUACAGGGAAUUCUGUCGAAAUGCUGAGAGUGGGGGUGUAGCCUUGCUAUGGUACCACAAGAUCGUCUCCCGAGUAUCAUGGAUCACGGACUGACAUCUCAUCUAGGGUGGAGGGGGUAGGGUUUUAAGUAAUGCAUGGGGGAGGGGGUUGGGGUUAAAGCAAUACUAGGGCGGAGAGGUGGGGUUAAAGCAAAACUGAGUUGGCGGGGUGGGGUUAAAGCAAUGGUACUUAUCGCUGGAAACGAGAUAAAUCAAACAAGACCAGAGUUUUUGCUUUGUAAGCUGAAGUUAAUUGCUUUCUACCUUAGGUUUAUCACAACUUGAUUCCAAAAGAUACAUCUGUUCAUUGCUAAUAAUGAGGUUGUUCAUCGAUUUGAUUUUGCUCAUCGUAUCACCACUUACCCUGACAAAAAAUUAAACAACUUCAAAAUCUUGAAGUUAUACCCCGUCCCUUCAAACAAUGUUUUGACCUUAUUUUGAAAUUUGAAUUAAAAAAAGAAAAGAUUUUUCCUCCUGAUUGUUAUUUGGACUGAAUAGUUCAAAUCCAAGACUUCCAGUCUGUCGUGUUCUACUCUGGUCGAUUGUUACAUCAACCAAGUCCUAUAUUAGUUGAUGAACAUGCCGGCGUCGUGUGAUUUUCAAGAAAUCAUCGGAAUAACGUAACUUUUUUUCUAUCAUGUGAUUCUAAAGAAAUCACAUGAUAGAAGAAAAAAACGUUAAGUUAGUCCAAUGAAUCGUUCGACACUUGUAUUAGAUCUGUCAUACCAAAGGUCAUCUUUGGUUCUGGGACACUACACUUGGUGAGCUUGACCUGCUACAGGCUCUCUUAAUAUUCAGGCUUGUCCGACAACAAUUACGUGCUCAGUGAUCCGACAAACUUGCACUUAUUGACUUUGUCUCAAUAGAAUGUGGCUUAGAAACAAGCUAAUAAACACGAUGAAAUGUUUUACACAGCCUACGAUCAAUCGUUCUUUCUGAAAUGCCAGUAUUUUCGAGUGCUCCACUUAAAAAAAUUAACUUUCUACUCUCGAUCUCGUCAUUACCAUUACCACCUAAUGAGAAACGCCCUGUCGGCCGAAGGGCGUAACAACAGCGUACCUUUCCUUCAUUGGUGGCGCUUUGACAAGGCAGUCAAGCAACUUGAAGUUUCAGCCGGGUUUCGUCGCUGGUGGAUUGACCUCGCUACGCCCCUGUCUUCUGAUGUAAUAUUUUCAAAUCUCAAGUGGUAAAAAUUUCGGCUUUUUCAUGAGGGAAGUGUUUGUUCGACGCACUUCUCCACAAGCGCGUUUUGGAACAUGAAGAUGAGAAGAUAUGUUUUCGGCUGCUGUUUAUUAGGCUUAGUAGCUAUUGUUUCGGUGCUUGCAGGUAAAUACUUAAUUUGACUAUAAUUAAGUUACUAUCACGACUUUCUUUGAUACGGGAACCACCUUUAUGACUUGACUUGAAAGUCCCCAGUUGAGAAGCAGACAAAGGAUGGUCUUUAACUCGUCCGAGCGAAAUACCUUUUACAUCCAUCAAAUAUCAUUCAUCACACCAAACGUUUACUAAAUACAUUGAUCGAAAUCCCUCAUUUUUAUCAUCGGUUAUGUGUCAAUGAUUUUUUUCCUAUUGUGGAGAAACAUAAAAGACAGAUUUUGGACUUUUUCUGUGCAUGGCCGACUUAAUGAUUGUCACCUGUUAAAUGGUUGGACUCAAACCUGUUUUAACUUUCUUUGUCUGUAAUUUUUAUUCAUUAAUAUGAUUGUAAUGACAAAUAAUACUGAAAGUGUCUACUCUGCGGAAAACGACUUAUUUGCUGUUAUUCUACAAUUCAACAUUUUGUUUUCAAUCUGAGUCAUGUGUAUUUAGUUUUGUUAACUUCAGCAAUUUGGGCGCGUUUCAAAUGAUUUUCGUAAAACAAAAACCAAAGUUUUCGGAACGGCCCAUCAGGAAAGAGAGAAUACCUAGAGAACCAAUAAGAACCAAAAAAGAAACAAGCAAACUGCGUAAAGCGCAGGAAAAUGCGCGUGACUAGGUCGUCAUUGGUUUUAAUUUUACAUCUGAUCGGUUGAGAGAGUAACGCGAGUUUUCUGAACCAAUCAUAGAGCGGAGUAAAGCAAAACCAACGCAAUCCCAGAUUACUUUUGACAUUCAGUUGAAAAUUGCUCCAUUUCAAGAUCCUCAAUUUUCAUUUCAGAUUGAGCUUUUUACCUUCAAAAACAAAUUUUAAAAAAUCGCAUAGUUGAGCUAAAGAACCCUUUUAUUGUUUCUGUCGUGGCGAGCUGAUGAACAUUAAAAGCCGCAGUUUAAAAAAUCACAGCUUCUAGACAUUUCCUCAUAAUCAAAGUGAAGAGCAACUGACUUAAGUUCGGCCAAUUUUUUUGAUUUCUUAGCUAAAUGUGUUCUUUUGAAGUAACUGACAAAAAUUCACGUCAUGAAACCACGAAAUUCCUGCUUAAACUUCCCUGAAUAAGACCACAUCAUGGAGCUUUAUUUGGAAUAAAAAAAUAGACUAUGAGCUUUAGGUUCUCAUGAAUAGAAUGAUCAUUUCCAUUCUGUCCUUAAUAGAUAAUGACGAUGAUAACUCAGAUGACGCCUCAGACAGUGACUCCAAUGGACGCUCAACUGCACCCUCCCCGGGGCCAUGGUUCGACCGAAUCUUAGGUGCGUAGUAAAAGUUUACAGUCUAUUUGUGCUCCUCUUUUUUGUAAACAUUUACUCGCCAGUUGGGCUAAUUUGUAAGUGACAUAGCGUCUGAGAACGAUUGAGAUUUAAUUUGUUUCGGUAUAAGAGGCAGUUCAUCCUUCAUCGCCUCGGAGGGGAGGGUCAGAGGAUUUUGGGGAGAUGACAUGGUUUUCAGGGGUAAGGAUGGGGCUCAGUCGUCACCAACAGAGUAUAAGGGGGUACUAUAGAUAAUUGGCAGCCAAUGAGGGGGAAUCAUAAGAAUACUACAGAGUCCUAGAGGGGUCGGAUCAGGUAAAUUUUACCAUUACAAAACAAAACUCUUACGACCCCACCCUCCCCCUCCUCGUGAUCACUAAAGGAUGACUGGUCCCUGAGUGAAUCUUAAAGAAAAUAAAGAUCAGCGAGUAAGAGUUACAGGGUUAAACGCCCAUCGAAUGCAUGAAGGUAGCGAAAUAUGUAGUAUUUUUUUUCUAGGUCUCAUACACUCCAAGAACUUUCAAGGUGUCUACAAGAAGUAUCUCGAUAGUAUGAAUCAGCCAGAAUCCGCUGACACUUCAACUGGUGAAUUAGCAAGGCGUGACUUUGCCCCAGGCCCCGUGAGUAAAGUGUUUGUGAAAGAAUCCCGAGAUAAACACCACCACCGACAUCAUCAUCAUCAUCCUCAUCAUGAUCGUCAUCAUCAUCGACAACGUCACCAUGAUCAGAAGAAGAGCAGUAAAAGUAAGAGUUACAUUUUUAUUUAAUGACACACGAGAAAGUUUUUUAGUGGUUUUUUCGUUUCUCUGGCUGAGAUUUGAACCUCGAGGAUGUUUUUUUUUGUGAAGAAAAAAAAAGAUUUAAAAGAGUAAAACUGCCAUAAUAGAUGAUCAAGUUUUUUAAAGUUUUGAAAUUUUUUGUUGCUUAUGCGAUUUGAAGCUCGAAGACGCUUACCAUGUGAGAAAGAAGAGCUAGAGAAAGUAAAACUUUUAAUAAAGAAAACCCUAAGCAUAGUUUGGAAAUGCAAGAAAAAAAGCCUUCGCAGGAGAUUGAAAAUUUAUUUAUAUUCUUGAUACUCUUUUAGAAGCGAGGAAAUGGUUAAACGUGAAAGUUGUAAAUCAAGUAGGCACACGAGUCAAAAUAAAGGCCAACAAGAUCCUACCGAGCGCCGUACUCAGCAGCGGAGAAAUCUUCGUCUACCAUCAGCUCUUGAACCAGACUGACCGAAAGGCUACGAUCACUCUGAAGGCUGUCGACGAGUAUACAGAUAAACCGCUGAUCAUCAACGGAGACCAAAAGUUCUACGUCACGCCAACUACUUAUGAUGACACACAAGAGGCCUACGUGUCACGCGAAGGUGAGUGGAGUGACAAAAUGAAAUUCAUUUUCGAGUGACACUGCGCAACCUUCCCGCGAGAUAUUGUGAUAUGAUACGUGUGUUGCAUGCAAGGCUUGAAUAAGGUGGAACUUCUUCCGUAACAGGAAUUUAUAUUUUCCUUGAACUCCUUUCACGUAUCGAUGUUUUUUCUACUGUUUAUAACAAUUUAUCAUCCAGCAAAAAAGAAACUAGCAUCGUAAUGAAAUGAAGAAUUUCAUCAUGCUGGCUCAUUUAGUUCCCAGAACUAAAAAGUUUUGUUCCUACAUGUUUGGAGUCACAGUGACGAGUUUAAAGUGCAUGCAAAACCGGAGCAGGCGGGAGGACUCAUGAUGGUUCCCUUGUGAUAAAAGUCUAUUGGAGCUUAGACUUUUGUUGAUAACUUAACUUUGUGUUGACUCCGCUCUACGUAUUCUCUAUGACUGUAGACUCAAGGAGUGGUAUCCUGCAUGGAAGACACGGCCACAUUGUCAAGAGUCAAGGCAAGUGCUUCAUUUUGUUAUCACUGAAAUCUCUAUCCAACUGACACACAAAAACCUUGCCACAGUUGACAGAACUGAACACACAACAAACUGAACGCUUGUCUUACUGUACAAUGAAUGGCUCCCUAUCCUUAGUCAGUGUGAAAUCAGUUUUAAGUAUCAUGUAUUGACUUCAAAGAGAUGUUUAGACUGGUUAAAGCUUGUAAAGAAGUAACUGAGAUCAUGUUUUUUUUUUCAUAACCUUUGCUCAAGUGUUAAUAGAAUGCUAGAGAAAAUUGAUUGCACAGAUUGUGGUUUCUUUGGUUUUCUAGUAACAUUUUCAGGCAAAUGUAGGAAAUGUAGAAAAAGUGUCCAUUUCACUCAGACAAAAAGCGCGAAAAGCAUCAUCCGCCUCUGUAUAUUAUUUUGUUUUAUGCCUUGUGGCUGUGAAAUACAAUAGACAAGGAAAAUCUAGUUAUCGCUAUUCAUUAGAGCAGUUUUCACUUUUCACAUUUCAAGUGUCAAAGUUAUCACGAGAACCAAUCAGAACAAAUGUCAACGUAACUAUUAGCCAAUGAGAACUCGCAGACUGUCUGCGCGGGAAAACGGCAAACGCGCAUGACCAAAUAGCGAUUGGUUUCAAUUUUGAAUCUGAUUGGUUGGGGAGGUGUGACGAAAUUUCUGGACCAGCCGCAGAGCAAAGUAAAGUUAAAUAAAAAAUAUCCCGAGUUACUUUCGACACUCAGUUGCAGUGAAAAUUGUUCUAAUGACGGAGCGAUGUAAAGCAAAACCAAAGCAAUCCCGAAUUAAUUUCAACGCUUAGCAGCGAUCUGCUCUACAUUCAGCGCCUAGUUUAUCGUUUAUGCACAAUGUUCGCUCCUCUCAGGGGCUGGUAAUAGAUGGUUCUACGUGAAGCUCAUAAAUCACGCCGGUGGCCAUGUCAGAGUCACUCCGGACCAGAUCCUCCCGGCCACCACACUGGAUGUGGAUGAAUCUCAAGUAGAGUACGCCCGCCUGGAGCCUGGGGAUGAGUACAAGAGAAUUGUCCUGAGAGCUGUGGAUGUUAAGAAUGAUGAACCAUUGAAGCUAAACGGGGAGUUUACACUAGCUCUGAGGCCAGAUGACGCAGGAGAUGUUGCAAGAGUGAAGAUCACACGAGGAGGUAUGUGGAAGGGAAGAGUGGGUGGGGAAUGAAAUCAUCGUCGUUUUUACCCCCAUCACCAUGUUCUGUUUUUGUUUAUUCUUCAUAGAGGUCAUUUAUGCGAAAUGCGAUAAUUUUGUCCCAAUGGAUGGAGAAGGCAAGUUUGAAUACCAGAUCGCUACAGAUGAAACAAAAAGUUGGUUUGACUCUGUUAGAGCCUGCAAGGUAAACACAAUUUAGCUUGUGGGGGCCUGCUCCAGGUGUUCAGUAAAACGGAGCAAAGAGUUAGCAGCGCAAUGUUAGCGGCCGGGCUGAAACAAGGGAGGCUUGUGUCGGGUCGCUCAACCCGACCCAAACCUCCUUCGUUUUUCUCACUCCACGGCUGCCAUCGUGCGUUUUACUAUUGCACUCCGUCUAACCAAUUGAACCCCUGGAGCAGGCGAAGAAUGUAGAUCAUUAUGGCCUCAGGCUUUUUAAUGUCGCAGAAAAAAAAUUCCCAAAUUUCCAGGCCUCGUCCACUUAUUUGAGCAAAGUUCAUAUAUAAAAUGUGUGGUUCUCUCGGAAUGAUAUCAGUAUGAAAAACGAUGUCAACAAUUCUUUGUUGUUGAAUUUUUUAAGCUUUGUAAUUCUGAACUGCUGAGUGUCCACACAAAAGAAGAAAACGAGUUUAUCACGAGACAGCUGCGCAAGUCGUCAGAUGUAAACAAACUGUGGAUUGGAAUGUCUUACAAAGAGAAAGUACGAAUGUGGUCCUGGAUUGACGGCUCUAGAUACAGGUAUCUGCUGCUCUUUACGUUUAACAGAGGUUGAUUAGAGCGCUUUUCGAUUGUGUGUCGUAAAACCAGAACCAAAGUAAUCGGAACAGCCAAUCAGAGGAAAGGAAAAUAUCUUUCAGAGCCAAUAAAAACUCAGAGUAAAAACAACUAAACUGCCUAAAGCGCGGGAAAACGCGGGCGACCAAGUCAUGAUUGGUUUGAGUCUUCCAUUUAAUUGGUUGAGAGGGUGACGCAAUUUUUCUGGACCAAUCACAGAUUGAGGCAAAGCAAACCAAUGCAAUCUCGAAUUACCUUCCACACUGAAUUGAAAAUUGCUCUAACAGUAAUUUGAUCUUAGUUGUUGGUGAGUUUUUUGUAAUUGCCUGCGUUUCCUUUUUUCUCUAUGGAACUCAAACAGGAGAAUUGUAAUUGGGCCUUAAACUUUUCUCCCAUUUGUAGAUACCAAAAUUGGAAGGAAGGCCAACACUACGACGGCAAAGAUGAACAGUGUGGUAUAAUGUAUCAGCGGUAUGAUUGGGGAAGAUGGGAUGAUGACAACUGUUAUAAACCACUCGGGUUCAUCUGCAAAAGACGUGAGUGAAUCAGAUAUGUGCGUCACCUAGUAUGUUAUUGAGUCAGUUAGUGAGUAUGUUAAUCAGAGAGCCAGCUCUUCAAUUGGUCGGUCAGUCUGCCAUUCAGUUGGUUGGGCAGUCGGUCGGUCAGCUAGUCAUCCAGCUAAUUAGUUGGUCGACUGAUCGGUCAGUCAGUCGGCGGUCGAUUAGUCAGUAAGUUUGUCAGUCAGUCAGUUAGCCAGUCAUUCGGUUGGUCGGUUGUUGGGUUGAUCAAUCAUGGAGUCAGUCAGUCAGUCCGUCAGUCGAUCGGUUGUUAGUCAGUUGACUGGUCGGUCGGUCAGCCAGUCAGUCAGCUAGCUAUUCAGUCAACUUGUGAGUCAGAGUCUUUUUCUUGGAACGUCAAUCAGUCAGUCAGCGGGUUGGUUGGUCUGUAGGUCAGUCAGCCAGUCAGAUGCUUAUUCUGCUGUCAUUUCAAACCAAUUGGUCUAACACAAUAUUAUUCCUCAUUUUAACAGAUCGAACAAAGGUUAAUGAUCAACCGAAAGGAGUGAACAAUUCUUCAACAGCCAAGAGUGGUAAGGCGUAGUAAAUGGAAAAAAACUAACACAAACCGAUUACAAGCACCAGCUGGUGUUCACGUUGAAUAUAUCGAUAAAAAACCUAGACUUUCCCAGUAACUUCGGCAAAAUUUUGUUUUUUUUUCAUCGAAGACUGCUGUGUGUCUAUAGACUUUGAUAACGAUGUUCUCGAUUGUUCAUUAAUCUGUCGUUAUAUAUUAGGCAGAAUACUUAUUGUUUAUGGGACAUUGUAGAAAGGCGAAAAUUAGAAAUGUGUGAUAUUGGUAACGAAUCACGAACUGAAGAAACUUUUCAAUAAUCUUGAGCAAAUAUUAACCACAAACCAAACUCUUUACAAAGCCUGCAUCUAUAGCUUAAUAACUUCCGGUAUUUUCAAACAUACAAAAUUACCUCGAAUUUUUGGAUCGGUAUCAGUAUCUGAGCAACUGCGCACCUACCACCCCUCCCCUAACCCAACAACAUCAACUGAUCACAAGUUAGGGUUCAUGUUGGAUCAGGGGAGGGGUAGAUGUGCAGUUGUUCAGGUACUGACAUGAUCCGAACUUUUUGCGCACCGGAAAUCUACAAUAAGGAAUAUAAGGAAUUACAAAUAAUAAUAACAGUAGGGAUAAUUGCAUGUGAGCCUAAAGUGAGUGAUUCCAGUGAAUAUCUAUGACAAUAAACUUUUAAUUACAAUUUUAAAAUAAUAACAGAAUGAUAAUAACCUUAAUCUAAUAGAGGAAGAGAAUGCAAAUAAAAUGAUUACAUUAACCAACGUCGUCGUAAGAGAGAUGUAUUAACCUUAAUAGUGCAGAUAUAUUUGUUACCGUAAUAUUCCAUUAGGGCAAUUUUCAAUUGGACGCCGAAAGUGAUACGGAAUUGCUUUAGUUUUGGUUUACCUUGCUCUGUGAUUGGUCUAGAAAAACUGCGCCAUUUCCUGGACCAAUCAGAUUCAAAAGUUAAAACAAUCACAAGUUGAUCACUCCAAAUUUCCCGCGCUUCAGGCAGGCAGUUUGGUGGUAUUUUUCUUUGAGUUCUCAUUGGCUCGUCGUGAUAUUUUCCUUGGUUCUGAUUGGUUGCGAGUUCUCUGGUUUGGCUAUACGACACAAAAUAAAAAGUGCUCUAUUGUAAUGUAAACGCACUAGCUUUGACAGCUUGGUUGUGGGGGGCUUUUUGUUUUUUUUAAUUAUACAAUGUAAACGUUCUAAUAACAGUAGAAGCACGACUGUUACAGAAACUGUAAGGUUUAUCUAGGAUAAAAAGAGGGAUCACCUGUUUAAUUCAGUGAAGGUUUUCUUUUCUAUGGAGUGAAUGCACAGUCACGGUAAGUAAUAUUUCCCCGUGCUGUCCCUUUGCAGGGUGCCCAAACAUUUUGUCAGAGUGCCCCUCCCUGUGUACGAUUGUUAAGAAUCCCGGAUCUUGUCCCCAGUGCGACUGUGGACCGCUUGUCAAAGGUUUGUAAAGAGAGUAGCACUUCGUGUGUUUUACACAGCGUCAACGAAACUAAGGUCUCCCUUUCUUCGAUCACUCAAUGAUGGUGGUAUGAUUUCUUUACUGAGGACUUUUAUGACUAAGAAGUAAUGCAAAACGGAGCACUUCAAUCACUUUAGGGGUUCCCUGCGCUCUAAACUCAGAAACUUCGCAGCAUUCCCCUUCUAAUUCAACAUCAGGUUUCUCAAACGUACCUAAAAGUUAAAGGUCAAGGUACAGACACCCCUUCACGCUUUCGGGCUGUGCCAUCUUUUCAUAGCCGUUUGACAUAUUGACUGGUUCUUUGCACUUUAACUGUUCGCAGGUUAUGACACCAUGAGCUUCAAAGAGCAGGCCAAGGUGCGCAAGCUAUUCUCCGAAGCCAACCAUCAAGUAGCUGCAGCCAGACAGGCGCAGAUUGAUGAGGCACGAGCCAUACGCCGGUCUAGGAUUAUGCAGGAAGCUGGACGGAUUAUGGCGGAGUCACACAAUCUUCAGCAGGUCGCAAUGAUGGAAGGAAUCCCAUUGAAUCUUCCCGCACUUGCACCAGUGCAUCGAAGAGAGAUGAUCUUGAAGCCCGAUGAAGGCGAAACUGAACUUAGCAAAACCAGGAGCCUAGCGCGUGAGAUCGCAAGCAUGAUCAACGACGUCGAGAACACCAAAAAAGAACAGAAGAGGAGUUAAAUAGUAAGCUCUUACUGUGAAACCCCUCAUCAAGUUUGAGUGGAACACAUUACAUCUGGUUUAAUGGAUCCAGCAGUCUGUGGGGUAGUAAUAAUCAUUUCCUUCAGCUCCCGAGCAGUAUAAAUGCGGAUUCGGCGCGUAUGUGUACAGAAAAAAAAAAAACAUUGCGACCCGCUUAAGAAUCAUGAAGUGAAUUUUUUUCCUUUAAUCGAAAAGCAGCGUGACAACAUUUCAAGAGCGUGUUGGAACGAUCCCGUCCCUCCCCUCCCACUUCAACCUUAUUACCGUCCACUUCCCUUUCAUCUGCCUUUACUGUUUGACAUUAAACUACUCAGUAUAGGUCCACCUAGCCUCUCUUUGGAGCACAAAAAUUAGAAAGAAAGAAAGAAAGAAGAGGGCCCAAAUAAACGAAGUCUUUUGUCAUCCAUUUCCUUGUUAUCAAUUUAAAACAGCUGCCCUAUCUCCGGCGGUUUUAGAUCUAAGAGAAAAUUUAUGGGGAUGAUGUAACUAAGAAUACAUGAAAAGAAAAUCAAAUGGAAAGAUAUGAAGAGAAUUUUUGUAAUGAGGAAAAGUUAAAUUUGUAUGAAGUGAAUAAACGAUGCAAAAGGUU